UCCUUUUUAGGAUGGCCACACCCGCGGCGCUUACGCGUGCGCCUGUUUCCGUCGUCCACUGCGUAGUUUCGUCCCUCUGUCUUUGUGUUUCGCGGAGCGUCCUUUCGUCUGCAUUUUUUCGGGAGUUCAGCCGCUAUUUUUGUCGGCUUUGCGCGCGUUUCCCUGGCGCAUCUCGGCCGCUCGUGCAACACGGCAUUACCACGACGUUCGUGGAGAGUGUUCCCCCGAGACAGUUGUGCAGACCGCAGUUCAGUGCGCGUUGUUCCUGUUCUGGAAAGUGCGUUGCUGCGCGGAAUAUCGCCCCUCUACCCUGUAAAAUUCACUUUUAGUUCGUGGAAACACCGUCCGUUUCGCUGUUUCUUCCGCCUGCCUUUUCGAGGGUUCGUUUUCCUCGCGCCACUCCACACUCGCGUACCUUUUUGACUUCUUCCCACGUAUCUCUCCCUCGUCGAGUCUCGUCAAAUCAUUUUUGCCCCCACAUUCAAGAAUCUCCUCGGAAAAUCCCCCGGCGCGCUCUAAGAGCUUCCGUCCCAUUGUAACCGAUUCCUUUCUCCCUUCUUAAACGUUCUUGUGCGCCACAGGUCCGCAGUCGCUCUCUGGCUUCACACCUCCAGUCUGUUCACCGCGUUCUGUAGAGUUCCGCAUUCCGUCGUCCGGCCGUGUUUUCCGCCGUUCUCGGUCCACUUUGCCGACGCGAUCUUCCCGAACAUUCCGUGCAUUCCCACCGUCGUCUUUUCGCACUGCGUCUACAAUGUCUGUGUACUCUGUCCACCCUUCAGGAGCGCCAGCCUCGUCCGGAGGCGGCUUCCACCACAGCGCACAAAACACAGCGUUUUCUGGACAUCAUGGGUACGGCGGAAACUCUGGAUUGCACCCUUCGUCCAGCGCCCGCGGUGCCGGCUACGGACAGCCGCACCAUCUUCAGCAGCAGCAGAUGCAACUUCAUCUUCAACAGCCGCCUCUGCCACCCCCGCCUCACCACCAGCAAUACCAAGGCUUCACGAAUGCAGGGAAUUACUCGCAACAGCACAACCAGUCUGCGCAGCAGUUGCCGCAGCAAGGCCACCCGCAUUCCUACGCUCAGCCGAACGCGAUGUCUGGCGCAUCCACGCUCGGCUCGAGCUCGACGUUCAUGUUCCCGUCGCAGGGCGGAGCCGGUGGAGCCCCAGCCGGGAGUUCGGGCCCGUCCGCGCCGCUGAUGAUGGAUGGCCAGGGCUCUGGGCCUCUCGGAGCUCAGGUGACCUCGGUGGCGCAGCAGGGUCCUGAGGCGGAGCAUGCCGUGCAUGCAGCUGCGAAGCCUCGCAUGUUGACGCCCAUGGAAGUUGCGCAUUCGUUCGUCUACCAGUAUUACUACAUGCUGCACGAUACGCCGCUUGACCUGCACCGGUUCUACGACUUCGACUCGCAGAUGAUCCGAACGACGGACCGCGACGGCACAGUGCCUCACAGUGCGCCGCACCACACGGACGUCAGGGCCACCGGUCAGAGGGAGAUUUACCGGGCCUUCGAACGCGGCCGAUUCGAGAGGACGACCUGCCGCGUGCGUUUCAUCGACGCGCAGGAGAACAAAGACGGAGGCAUGCUGAUUCUCGUCGCCGGGCGUCUGAAGCAUGCAGAUGAGGGCCCCGAGAGAGAGUUUGCCCAAACUGUCUUCCUCGCGAAGCAGAAGGCCCCGCGCAACGGGUGGUACGUGACCAACGAGAUCUUCUGCUACCUCGACGCGGCUGUUGAGGAGGUCGAGAACGGAGCGAGAGAGGCAGUGGUGCCUUCUUCGCCCAGUCCCCGCUCUCGCGCAACAGCUCAGGACGCCCCUUUCCAGCAAGGCGAAAGUUCUCCAACAACUGUGGAGGCGCCGGCAACCACGUCCCUCGUUCCGGAGCAAAGCAGUCCGCGCGGCUCGGUCGGAGGAGACAGUGUCCGCGCGCCGAACGCGCCCGCGACACCUAUCUCCCCCCGCGUGGGCUCCGACGCGUGCGCCAGCCCCACCGUGAAGCCUGCGGCGGCGGAGGCACCCGAGCUCGAAGAGAAGAAAGAGACUGUCGAGGAGCCUCAGAGGAACGCGACGCCCGAGAAGCAAAACGCUGCCCCUCAGAAGCCUGCGCCGAAGCGCCAGUGGAAGCGCGAAGACGCCCCGAAUGUCGACGCGUCGACCCCUGAUGCAAACUGGCCGCGCCCUGGAGAGACCAAACAACAGCCGAAGGUGGAUGUGCAGCAACAAGCUGAGCAGUUCAAAUACGAUCCGAAGAGCUUUGCCUUCAAGGUUGUACAGAACGCGCAGCGCACUGCAGGAGGACCUAAAGGCUUCGCUGUUCCUGCUUCUCGUUCCACCGGCAGCUCGGCCAACAACGGCCGCGCCGGCUCGGCUCAGGAGGAAAGUCGGGCGAGUGCGUCGCGUGUGGGUACACCGGCAGCCUCGGGUGCCGCUUCGUGGGGAGCCCAAGGGGCCGGUGAGGGCGCCGAGGGCCCCACGCGUGGCGACGGGCCACCGGCGGGCGCGAAGAAGCUCGUGGUGCUCUCUGAGAUGCCCGCGGAGUUCUCUGUGGACGAGCUGAAGAAGGCGGUUGCUGAGCAGUUGAAGAAGUUCAACGAGGGCCAGGCAGUGGAGAUCCGCAAACCCGCAAGUGGACGCACCUUCGGCUGGUUCAUCGAACUCGAUUGUCGCCAGAGUGCCGAGUACCUCAUGCAGCAGGGGCUGUACGUGCGCGGGCGACAGAUGCGUUUGGACUUUGCGCGUCAGCAGGGAUCUGGUGGUCCGCGUGGCGGCGGCCGCGGAGGCCGUGGAGGCCGAGGCGGCUGGAACGGGAAGGCCCCGAACGGUCGUGGCGAGUACAGCGGACCGAAGGGCGAGGGAGCCUUUGAAGAGGAGGGCCGGUUUCGACCUCGCUUCGGUCGCGGAGAGGGCGAGAACGGAGUUUUUGCGCCCGCGGCUGAGAAGGAGGGCGAAACCGGAGCCGACGGCGGCCAGUGGAUCGACGCUGGCAAGAAGAAGAAGGGUCCUGGAGGCCCAGCGCCUGGCGCCCAAGCGGGCGCGGCUGCCGGAGCGGGUCAGGAGCGACGCUUCGGACUCGGGACGCGUGGGGGCGUUGGAAGGCCCCGGGGCGGGGGGCCCAGACGCGGCGGGGACCAGGCAAACUGGUCGAGAUAGAGCAGAGGCGGGGGAGAUAUGAAGUUGAGAAAAAAGUUCUAGUGUAGAGGAGGAACGGACUCAGCACUAAAGCCAGCGACUGUUUGUGUUGUGUGUCUCUCCUCGAACGCGCAUGCCCAUGUCCAGUUGGACUACCCUCGUUAUUGGCUGCUUCAGACACACGGGAAAACCCAGAUUUCGGGCGCCUCACGAAGGCAAGACACGGUUUUUUGGGUCUCAAGGGCUUCCCUCUUUACCGUGUUUCUUCCUCAUUCUCGAGACCCACAAACAACAGCAAGGCCAUCUGCUCUGUAGGGUACUAGGUAUGACAGCCGAGUUCUGUACGGCACCUGACGCCAGCACCCCACUGGACAGCUUAAGUCUUCUGAGUGUUGCGUUCAAUUUGCAAAGACAAGUUGCGAGGCAUUUCUAGUUUACUACUAAGACUCUUUUUUCCCAGGCGCGAUAAUUUGACACAACGAGCGUAAUUGAAGAGAGGACAGAGCGACUUUUCGCCGUCAAAUUGACGCAGAUGCAAAUAGAUUUCUUUGAAAACCGGAAAUUCUCAUGUUUGACUGUAUGCCUCGUUAGCUCGUGGGCAAACUGCUUCUGAACCACCCACAGAGAUUGCUGCAUGUGUAGAAGCGGACAUCUCA